GCAGCUUCCCUGCGACCUUAUCCCUGUGGAGAUGCCCAGUGGUUGGGUGCUGCCGAGGCUGUCAAAGGUGCUGGGACUCGAGGGUGACAAGAAGUCCAUCAUAAAAUUUGAGUUUAACCCCAAAGUUGGGAUCGACAACCCUGCCUUGUCACUGGCUGAGGACACGGAUGGUGAGGGCCUGGGGGAGCUCCGCUUCUAUCUCCUGAGCAAGGGCAGUGCAGAGACCUUCGGCUUCUGCCUCCACGAGGAGCUGGGCUGCCAGGGCCACAUCAUCCGGCAGGUGGAACUGGGAGGGCUGGCCCAGCGCAGGGGGAUGCAGGAUGGAGACCGACUCCUCCAGGUCAAUGGCCACUUUGUGGACGACAUGGACCACUGCAGGGUGGUUCAGAAGAUCAAGGCCAGCGGGAACCAGGUCCUGCUGGCGGUGCUGGAUGGUGACUCCUACGUGACAGCCAAAGCCCUGGGCCAGGACCUGUCCCAGAUGCUGCCAGCUGACAUCCGCCCACGCCUCUGCCACAUCGUGCAGGACAGAAGUGGUUUUGGUUUCAGUGUGUCAGGUCCAGAAGGCAUGAAGGGCACCUUCCAGCUGUCGGUGCAGCAGGGUGGACCAGCAGAGAGAGCAGGGGUGCCAGCAGGCUCCUGGCUCCUGGAGCUGAACGGGGCCAGCGUGAGGAGCUACUCACAGGCACAGCUCAGCAGGAAGCUUAAGCAGAGUGGCAGCAAGGUGACACUGCUGGUGGCAUCCAGUGCCGUGGAGGAGUUCUACCGUCUGCGAGGUCUGCAGGUCACAGCUGCUGUGGCAGACACCUCCUGGCUGCCUUUCAAGGCACGGGAGCUGCACCUGGUGAAGGGUCCAGAUGGUUAUGGGUUCCUGCUCAAGGAGGAUGACUGCAUCUCAGGGGCCACAGGCCAGUUCCUGUGGGAGGUGGAUGCAGGGCUGCCAGCCGAGCAGGCAGGGAUGAAGGAUGGAGACCGCCUGCUGGCCGUGAAUGGUGAGAGCGUGGAGGGGCUGGACCACCACCAGACGGUGCUCAGGAUCCGUGCCCACGAUGACCAGGUGGCACUGCUGGUCAUCGACCCUGCUGGCGACCGCUUCUACCACUCGAUUGGGCUGUCCCCUCUGCUGUCCUUUGAGAACAGCAGCCCUGCCUCAGACUCCCACAUGCCCUCCCCACCCUCUCCCAGCGGCUCUCCUGGACUCUGUCACGUUGAGGUGCAACCAAAGGGAGCUGGCUCCUGGCUGGUGGCUGCUGCCAACAGCAUAACACUCACACAGAGCCCACACAAGGAAGAGAAGAGGAGGCUGCACCAGGAGUUCUAAUGGCCCGAGGGCACCCUGCCUCUGACCAGGCUGCUUCACACAGCUCCUCGACCCAGCUCGCAUCCAGCCUCUUGGUGCUGCCCUGCUGGGUACCCAGAGGGCACAGCACUGCUCAGCAUGGCCCUUGCACACACAGCUGCUGUGUCUCCAUGCCCACAAUGGCACUGGCAGCACCACACCUCCCAGAGACUCACCUUCACCGACCCGAGGCUGCCUCCAAGCUGUUAUUAACCACAGCAGUGGCUUCGUGUAACCUGAAGACAAACUUGUGUCUUUGCCUGCCCAGCUGCCUCCAGGGGUAUCCAGAGACAUUGCACUGGAGCUCCAGACUUUGGGAGCUCCUAGGAGGAGCCAGAGCGCUG